ACGUUCCACCUCCACCUCCUUCCCUGCAGACUCACUCUAGACACACUCACCUAAUCGCACCUAUCCACGCCGUCCGGACGUUGCACGGUCGCCACAACGAUUAUCAACCGCAACACCGCACAGAUCAUCUUGUGUCUCUUCAAUGAACCUAAUCCCGCAAAGCAAAGCAGAAAGCAGAGCGGGUACCUAUCUCAUCGACUCCACUCCACCAUCUACAAGACAAAGAUAUCUCACUCCUCCCCAACCCCUCCAUCUUUCACCCGCCGAAAUCCCAAACAAACAAAGAAAUACGCCCCCUCCUUAUCGCCUAAAUAUAAUCUUCUCGAUCAACUAAACCCCGCUUGCUCAAUCAAUCACACCACCAACCAUGUCCUAUACGCAACCACAAACAACGAUAGUAGCAGCAGCAGCAGCAUCGUUAUCAUCACCCAAUCACACCCGAAUGACCAGAAAGAUUACCACCCAUCCUACCCUCCCCCCUCAUCGCCGUAAAAUCUACCUCGCCCUUCUCUCGGUCCCCCCUGGUCGGUGGACCACCUACGCCGCGCUCGCCAAGCAUCUCGGUACUAGUCCACGGGCGAUUGGGGCAGCGAUGCGGUUGAACCCCUUCGCGCCGGAGGUACCCUGUCAUCGGGUGCUGGGGGGUGGAGGCAAGCUACUGGUGGGUUAUUCGGGGGGCGAGUCAGGGGCAAAGAAUGCGAAGGAUGGGGUGGGGAUGAAGAGGAGGAUGUUGGAGGAGGAAGGGGUAGAAUUUACGGGGGAGGGUGUAGCUAGGGGGGUUUGUUUUGAGGGGUUUGGAGUUGUAUAGACUCGCGUCUUGGCUGGGUAGGCAUAUAAGGUGGCGUAUUAAUCUGGUUAUCUUUAUAAUUCUAGGAUUUGGUAUGAGGAUGUACAGAGAACAAAAGUUUAUGCUGUCCUUGUUUAAAUUAUUAUGUUUGGCUGUGACUGAGCAUGUAUCAUCGAUACUUGUGCCAAAGUCGACUCUCUUGAAAAUAAUGAUAGUUACGGAGCUUUAUAUGAUCGUUCGCUUGGGACUACGAGUCAUGAGGAGGGGUGGUUU